AUGGAAAACGACGAUAACAGCAAUUCAAGCGGCAUGGAAGACGACGAUAACAGUAAUUCAAUCAAUCAAUUUGAUGGCGAUGAGAACCGAAUUUUGCAGCAACUUCUGCAUACCAAUAUUUCCAGCAAGAGAAAACAAUUGUUUUGGUAUGAUAUUCGAAACUUUCCUGAUUCGUUGCUUAUAGAAAUUCUCGCUAGAUUAUCAGUGAAAUCGAUUUUUAGUUUUAAAAGUGUAUGCAAGCAUUGGCAAACCCUAAUCUCUCACCCUUCCUUUUGCCGAUUCUAUUACUCGAUUCUCAAUUCCAAUGCACCAUCGUCCUCGCAACCUUUAAGAAUCUUGGAUAGAUACACUUACGUACCGACAUUAGACGAGUUACUUAAUCGUCUCGGUACUGAAGUCCACAGUUUGUCUGAAUUCUCUGUUCUUUUUCUUUCUACCCCUGAAGACCAACAACAAUAUCAUCAGUUUAGGAUUUUAGCUAUAAGUAAUGGUUUGAUUCUGUGUUGUUGGCGUGCGCCAACACCGUUUGUUUACUACAUAUGUGAUCCACUCACUCGACUAUGGAUCACUUUACCUAGACGUGGACCCAGGUACCACGAUUCCUUCAAGGAAGGGCUUAUUACUAAGGUUAAUGAAGAUCAUAUGCUUACUAGUUAUACAGUUGUUAGGUUGGAACAUCUUACAUCGAAUUAUCUCAAUUUAGAGACUUUUUCAUCUGAAACGGGCAAAUGGAUCUGCUACAAGCUACCUUGUCCUAUUCCCAUCCUAUGGCGGCAACUGGCCUGUGGUCCAAUUUACUGUUACGGGGCUCUCCAUUGGCAAGUUAUUAAUGAUAAGGGGAUUCAUGUCAUGCUUGCAUUUGAUCCUUACAAAGAUCCAAAAUCUGUUUGCCUAAUUCCAUUCCCAGAUGACAGAGAUCUGAAGAGUGAGCAUAACUACAUGGGAACUUGUCAAUUAUGUGGUGAGAGCCAAGGGACCCUUCGUUAUUUCGAGGUGGCUCAUGAUUCCACCCAACUCUAUUUGUUCACCAUGUGGGCUAUGAAGCAUUAUGAGAAAGGAGAAUGGUGUUGUGAGUUUAAAGUGAGACGUAGCGAUCUUCAUUCUAAUGAUCUGGAAUUGAGUAAUUGGCUGUUGGACGGAUGGUUUCGUCCUUUAUCGUUUCAUCCGUUGAAUCCAAAUGUUGUGUAUUUGCAAUGCAUGGAGCCUGAGCGUAUUGUGUCGUAUAAUAUUCUGAAUAAAAGGCUGGAUUUUGCAUCUAAACCGAUCGACUCCUCCCAACUCAUUUUAUGGUCUACUGCAAUCCCGUUCGUAUUACCAAAAUGGCCGGUGCUUGUUCCAAUUACCACUGUUAAAAGCAAAAAAAGAGGGUAA